AUGUUCUCGAUUUGGAGCGGAACCCACCAGGGGAUGGACCAUCGUUACCAGCACCCACACUUAUCGCCGUAUCCACAUCCUAACUACCACCCCGUUCCAAGUGUUGAUGAUAUUGGAGGCUCUUCAGAAGUUCACACAUCCAAGGAAAACUUUCUGGUAAAAGUGGAUACUCGCAAUUUUGGCCCGGAACAACUUUUGGUGAAAACCUUGGACGGAUUUCUUAUCGUGGAGGGCGAGCAUGAAGAAAGAAUUGUAAGGAGGACGAACUACGGUGUGAAAUUCAUUCAUUCAGGAAUUCACCACCUUCAAGGAAGUGUCGGCCAUCACGGUCAUCAACAUGGCGACGCACCCUUGGACGCCACUACCUGGGUUUCAGGGAUUAAUUGUAACAAGCAUCAAUUUGUGGUACGACUCGAAUUGGCACAAUUCUCACCGGAUGAAAUUCUUGUGAAAACCGUGGACGACUUUUUGGUAAUUGAAGGAAAGCAUGAAGAGAAGGAGGAUGGCCAAGGCUUCAUUACACGCCACUUUAACCGUCGUUAUCUCCUGCCAUUAAAUGUCAACAAGGACGAAGUCGUUUGUGAAAUUAAUGCAGAGGGCAUUUUGAAGGUUACCGUUCCUCGAGUCGAAUCGGAGAAAGGUGGACAUGAGAAAGUGCACAAGCUUGUCCGAGUGAGCAAGUAGUAUUAUUAUUUAUAAGUAUACCACAUACAUAUUUGCUUUUGAAAACUUUGUUUUAUAUGGAAUAAAGCAUACAAAUUAUCAAUAAUUAUAACGUA